ACCAAGGUUACAUCAGUUGAGUUUGUGGCCUGGAAAAAAGCUGGGAAAGACAUAACAAUGAACUGCCCAUGUGGUGCCACACCUUUAUCUGCUCUUCCAUGCCAGGAUGAGCCAUUUCUGGAGAAUGAUACUCCAACAUGUGGUCGCCGGUGUGGUAAGAAACUACCUUGCUCUACUCAAGGUGAGCAGCACAUUUGUCGUUCCCAAUGCCAUAACGGACCGUGUCCACCAUGUACAAAAUCUCGUAUUGUGCAAUGCUAUGAGUGCAAGGUUAAAGUACGUCUUGACUGCCAAGAGAUUGACCUAACCGAUCAGUAUGUGUGUUCAAAGUGCUUUAAGCCCUGCAAGCAAGUAAUGAAUUGUGGACGUCAUCAGUGUGGCAAACACAACUGUGCAGAACAGGAAAUGGCACAUUUGUGCAAUAAGAAGUGUAUGAAACGUCUUCCUUGUGGUAGCCAUGAUUGUGACCAACCCUGCCACAGUGGAGACUGUAAAGAAUGUACUAAAACAAGUAUAAAAAAGCUCUCAUGUGACUGUGGUGAGGAAGUGAGAGUACAGUGUGGAGCUAUAACACCAGAAUGCAAGAAACGAUGUGCACGAGUACAUGCUUGUGCCCACCAAGUGACCCAUACAUGUCAUAAUAAAGAAACAUGUCCUCCAUGUUAUGCCCAAGUACAGAGAACGUGUGUUGGUGGACAUGAUACAAGCACUGUCUAUUGUUAUGAAGAUAAAAUCACAUGCAAUGUGAUGUGUGGAAAACCACUCCCAUGUGGACAUAAGUGUCAAGAAGAGUAUCAUAAUGGUAUUUGCAAGAAGGAAUGCAAACAGCACUGUCUAAUUAAAUGCAAAAAUGGCAGCCAUAAUUGUGUUGCUACUUGUCAUUAUCCACAUAAAUGCCCUUCUUGCAAAGAAACAUUUAUUUUGAAAUGUAAGUGUGGUAAUAAAGAACAACGGGCACUUUGCUCCUUUGUACAAAGCAAUGGAAAGACUCUACAAUGUGGGACAGGGUGCACUGCACAGGUGCACUCUACUCAACCCAGGAGGUUUGUCUUAUUCUUAAAAACAACUGCAUAAAUGUACUUUUGCUCUGCACAGGGGUGCAGGCGAGGAUUUCGAAGAUUGGGUGAUUGCACAAUUGAAAUCAUUCAUUAAAAAAGCUAAGAAGGGACUAAUUCCACCAGAGUAUAAAUUCAAAACUACUUCAAGCUACAACAGAAGGAUCAUUCAUAUUCAAGCAACAGCACAUGGAUGUACAAGUGAAAGCGUUGGUGUUGAACCAAAUCGUUACACAAUGGUUUAUUACAAGAAGUAGAAGCAAAGUGAACCUACCUAGAUGUAUAAAUUGUGCUGUACAUUGUGUAACAUUUACUGAAGGUACUUAGCUAUUAUCUGUAGUUACAAGAUUACUUCAAUUAUGUCCUCUACACUGGUCAAAAAUACAGGUUUGUACAAAAAGCCAUACGUUACACAUGAAAGAAGUUAUGCACACAUUUGCUCACCAAUACUGUUGUAUGUAUCGCAAGCAA